AAAAAUGUAGCUAUCAAGGGAGUUAAAAAAAGAAAAAGAAAAAGAAACCACUAGACCUUCUCCUCUGGUAUUUGGUGAAGAGCAUCUGGUGUUUGGGCUGGCAUAUCCACAAUCUAAACCACUGGUGUAGACGUCAUUUGGGAUUCCUGCUUUCUUAUUUUAGCAUGGCGGAGCUCACUGUGCACAGACUCCUUCUUCUGUUUUUUUCUCUGGCAAAGUGUCUGGAGGGCACAAAACUUCUAUCACAUCUUAAAAAAUGUGGUGACCUGGAAUGUGAAACUUUAAUCAGCAGAGUCUUAGCCGUGAAAAAUUACACAGGACCUGACUGCCGAUACCUGAACUUCACUGAGGGAGAAGAAAUAUCGGUUUAUAUUAAACUUUCAGGAGAGAGAGAAGAUUUAUGGGCAGGAAGUAAAGGAAAAGACUUUGGAUUUUUUCCCAGAGAUGCAGUCCAAGUGGAAGAGGUGUUCAUACCUGAAGAAGUUGAAAUAUCAGCUAAAGAAUCUGACUUUCUUUGUCUUCUUGGGGAGAGCUAUAUAUUUGGAAGUGAAGAUAGUGAGUUAAGCAGUGGCAAUGGUGAAAACAUGUACUCAUAUGAAGAAGAUGAAGACCAAAAAUAUAGUAUAUUUGCAAAUGAUUUCCUAAGACAAUCUGGAUUUUAUGAAACGUCUGCAAGUACUGUACUUCCAGACCAAUUUUUAGCAUCAGAGGCUCCUGAAACAAUGAGAAGUACUAGUGACCCAAAAGAUUGGGAAGAAGUAGAAGCUGGAAGUAUGGGACAGGACCAGAUUCCAGAAGUUGAUGAUAUGUUGACAUCCCCAACUCUGCCUGAAGGACAAGGACGGUUUGGACUGGGAGAAGAACAAACUGAAGACAAGACUGUUGAAUCUGUUACUGAAUCUGUACAAGAAAACUCAUUUCGAAGUAGAAAAAUAGCGGUGGAAGAUGAAAACGAUCUGGAGGAGUCCCAAACAGAGCAUGAGCCAGAACCUGAAUCAGAAUUUGAUUCAGAGCCACCAGAACUUGUUUCAGUAACAGAGAGAGAAUCUGAACAAGCUUUAGAGCUAGAGCACACUCGCAAAUCUCAAGCCACGAGCUGGUUUGGUGGUGGAUUUACAAGUUAUUUAGGUUUUGGAGAGGAGAGCACAGAACUUGAGUUAUUGUCCAAAGAAAGCCACCCACUACUACAAGAUAUUCCCGAUGAUAAAUUACCCGAUGAAGAUGCCACAGUUCCGUGUACAGAAAUAACAACAGAAAAAGAGGACACAAUUAUUAAUGACAGCUCCAUCCAAGAGUCAAGUUGGUUUGAUUUUGGUUUUGGCAUGCUAGGCUUUGCAGAUGCUGAUGAAGAAAAAAUAAUAUCAGAGGAUGGAAAAAAUAGUGAUAGUGGGGUAGAUAAACACGAGCAUCCCCCAGCCAGUGAAUUUGAGCCUGAUAAGGAACAGGAAAUAAAUGCAAUAAAAAUGAUGGAAGCAGAUCAACUAGACAAGAGAAGAGUUGUAGAGGAAACAGAUGAUACUGAUGCCACACUAUAUUUGAAAAAAAUAUUGUACAAUUUUGAUAACCCUUGGAGCUUCCAGAACACUCCAGAGGAAACGGAAUUGCCAUCUUCUAAUCAGAUACUGGAUGAAAAUAAUAAAGGUGGAAAUGAUGGAUUGGAAUACUCUUCAAUUGAAAAUCAGUCCACAGACGACAUGGAAGAUCUUAUAAUGCUGAAAAGCAGUCACAGCCAGUCAGAUAUAAUCUCUGAAAUAGGCUUACCUGUGAGAAUACCUGAAAAAACACAUGACCAAACCUCAUCUUCUAAAAAUGCUGCCCAGUCAACAUCAUCGGUAGACCCGGAAGGGCCUGAGCAGAGGGAGACAGACACAUCUGUGGAAAAUAUUCUCCAAAGCAGCCAGGCGGCUUCCCUUGAUAACUCUUUGUCUUUGCAAAACCUCAUGCUCCAGAAAGAUGAUGCAACAGGCUUUUGGAUUCUGAAAUAUGUAUUUCAAGUUGACAUUUACAAUUUCAUGAAUUCUGCAUUUUCACCAAUUAUCAUGCUGAUAGAAAGGGUUGUGGCAGCAUUGCCUGAAGAUAUGAGACCAGGCCCAAACCCCUAUGGCUUCCCGUGGGAGUUGGUCAUCUGUGUAGCUUUUGGUGGAUUUUUUGCUGUUGCCUUGUUUUUAUGGAGAAGUUUUCGAUCGGUUAGAAGCCGGCUUUAUAUAGGAAGAGAAAAAAAGCUUGCCCUAGAGCUUUCUGGACUGAUAGAAGAAAAGUGUAAACUCCUUGAAAAAUUUAGGAUAGUUCAGAAAGAGUAUGAAGGCUUAGAAUCAUCUUUAAAGGAUCCCAGCUUUGAGAAGGAGUCAACAGAAGCACAAAGUUUGGAGUUUGACCAAGGAUCACAAAGGUCAGAGGCAACCUAUGAAAAAUUGGAUAGUUCCAAAUCUAAACUUGAAGAUGAAAUACUAUUCCUUGAAAAAGAGCUAAAAGAAGAGAAGUCUAAACAUUCGGAACAAGAACAAUUGACGGCGGAUAUUUCAAAAAGGAUACAAUCUCUAGAAGAUGAAUCAAAUUCUCUCAAAUCACAAGUAGCAGAAGCCAAAACAACCUUCAGAGUAUUUCAAAUCAAUGAAGAACGACUUAAGGGAACAAUAAAAGAUGCUUUGAAUGAAAAUUCCCAACUUCAGGAAAGUCAGGAACAGCUUUUACAAGAAAUUGAAGUCUGGAAAGAACAAGUGAGUGAACUUAACAAACAGAAAAUAACAUUUGAGGACUCCAAAGUACAGGCAGAACAAGUUCUCAGUGAUAAAGAAAACCAUGUCAAGUCUUUGACCCAGCGCUUGCUAAAGAUGAAAGAUUGGGCUGCUGUGCUUGGAGAAGACCUAACUGAAGAUGGUAACUGGGAUUUGGAAAUGAAGAGUGAGUCAGAAAGUGUUGCUCACUUAGAUAAUCCACCAAAAGGAGCCUUGAAGAACCUGAUUUAUGCUGCUAAGUUAAAUGCUUCUUUAAAAACGUUAGAAGGAGAAAGAAACCAAAUUUACAUUCAGUUAUCUGAAGCAGAUAAAACAAAGGAAGAUCUUACAGAGCAAAUUAAAAGUCUUCAGGAUGAACAAGUUUCUUUGCAGUCAGAAAACACAGAAUUUGAAAGUGAGAACCAGAAGCUUCAGCAGAAACUUAAAGUUAUGACUGAGCUGUAUCAAGAAAAUGAAAUGAAACUUCACAGGAAAUUAACAGUAGAAGAAAAUUCUCGGCUAGAGAAAGAGGAGAAACUUUCCAAAGUAGAUGAAAAAAUAAGCUAUGCUGCUGAAGAGUUGGAGAACUAUAGAAAGCGAGCCAAAGACCUUGAAGAAGAAUUGGAGAGAACCAUUCAUUCUUAUCAAGGACAGAUUAUUUCCCAUGAGAAAAAAGCACACGAUAAUUGGUUGGCAGCUCGGACUGCUGAAAGAAACCUCAAUGACUUAAGAAAAGAAAAUGCUUACAACAGACAAAAAUUAACUGAAACAGAGUUUAAAUUUGAACUUUUAGAGAAAGAUCCUUAUGCACUUGAUGUUCCAAAUACAGCAUUUGGCAGAGAGCAUUCCCCAUAUGCUCCUUCACCAUUGGGCCGACCUUCGUCUGAAACGAGAGCUUUUCUCUCUCCUCCAACUUUGUUGGAGGGUCCACUCAGACUCUCACCUUUGCUUCCAGGGGGAGGAGGAAGAGGCUCAAGGGGCCCAGAGAAUCCUCUGGACCAUUCAAUUAGCAAUGAAAGGGGAGAAUCAGGAUAUGAUAGGUUGAUGGAUCCCCACAGAGCACCUUCUGACACUGGGUCCCUGUCACCUCCCUGGGAACAAGACCGCAGGAUGAUGUUCCCACCAUCAGGUCAACCAUAUCCUGACGCAGCUCUUCCCCUACAGAGGCCAGACAGAUUUUAUUCUAAUUCUGGUAGAUUAUCUGGACCAGCAGAACUUAGAAGUUUUAAUAUGCCUUCUUUGGAUAAAGUGGAUGGGCCAUUGUCUUCAGAAAUGGAAUCCAGAGGAAAUGAUACCAAAGAUGAUAUUGGUAACUCACAUAUGCUUGACUCAUCUCUCGCUGCUGAGAGGGAAGCACCAGGCUCGGGCUUUGCACCUCCACCCCUCCCUCCGGUCCGAGCUCCCUUGUUUCCAGUGGAUCCCAGGAACCAGUUCUUGAGAAGGGCACCUCCAUUUCCUCCACCUCCUCCCAGCGCCCUGUAUGGAGUUCCCCGGGACUAUUUCCCACCCAGGGGUUUCCCUGGCCCACCACCUCCUCCGUUCCCAAUGAGAAGUGUCUACCCACAGAGGGGCUUUCCUCAGUAUCUCCCGCCCCAGCCUGGGUUGUUUCACCCAGCCCCACAUUCUGAAAGCAGCAGCCAGUUCCCUUCAGCACUGACUCCGGCCAGUGAACCUGCUGCAGAACCUCCCAAGGCCCAACAAGAAGCCUGAUGGCGCUUAACUGCUUGCUCCUCAAGUCAUCUCCACCCAGCUGGUCUUCAGUUUAAGUAACUGCUGUUACUUAAGUGAUUAUACUUCUGCUCAAAUUGAAGCUCAAUGGAAUAAGAAUUCUCAGGAUAGAACUUUGUAAAUAAAGAUGAUUUAAAUAUGA